AGACAAACAUGGAAGUCACGUCACAAACACAUACAAGGCAAUAGGACUCCAUGCACCCGAACCAACCUGUUUAUCCAAUGCUCACAUCAACAUCGAGCUCGAAGAGGAUUGACUGAUGAAAAUGUCGUCCUAGUACGAAAAAUGACGGCAUUUUCAUUACCAGUCUACAUAUUUAACAACAGAACAGAGCUCGCAGAGGUGCACGGAGUCCUUAUCUGGGCUCGGAUGUUGUGACAUCCCUGCUGCAAAGCAUAUAAUAAUCAUUGUGUUCGGCAGCUGCCUUCCUCAGAACCAUCAAUCGAAUUCACUCCAAGUGGCAGGCUCAUAGCUCAUCUUAUCAUGUCUGUCCCGCUUACCGGUAAUUACAAGAUCUGCAAUGUCCAUUAUGACUCGAAUCAGGUGUUUGACUUGCAAGUUGGAGGUCACAACCCUGUCCUUCCUAUUAUCGGUCGCCGUAACGCGAAAUUCAAGAGUUCCCAGACCGAAAUCUUUUGGACAUUACAAGUGGUGGGCGAUGCGUCUCCGGAGUUCAAGGGAUAUAAGGUCGUCAGAUUGAUCAACGUCAAAACCGGCACAUAUGCCCAGCCAAAGGAGGAGACGCCGAGCAUCGGCGAACAUGUCGUCGGUGCCCCCGGGAUCGUGGAUUGGUUGCUUGCCCCGACCAAGACCAUUGGACAGUACUCGAUUCAAACCCCUGACGGAGAAUUUGCCUGUGCCCUUCUCAGCCGCAUGGAUUACACUCCGGUCCAGCUCGAGCCCGUUGAUGACGAGGACCCUACGCAGAUCUGGAAGUUUUGCCCUAUCUAAAUGAUUGAGACAACGGCUCAAGCUGGCGAACAACGUACUCAGUGGAUUUCCGUGUUGUACGGCUUUAGUUGGUUAUUGAGGCCGUGUCUCGAGGGGGUGCGGUGUCUUCGGGAGUUAACAGGGCUGUGCUUGAUUUAUCUACUAGUUCUUGAAUAAAACCGUCGGUCGUGUAAAUCCAGUGUCGAUGGAUACCGUUCAUUCUCAUCAUGCGUUGGGUCGUAUGACGCUGUCACGUAUAAUUAUUGGUUCAGACG